AGGAGAAAAUGUCUGGAAUUCCGUUUCCGCUUUAGGGAGUGGACGGUGAUUUUUUUUUUUUUUUUUAAACUUCUCCUCCCAAAGGACUUUCUUUUCUGCGUCAACUCAGACAGUUUUGUGUUAACUAUCCUGGAUUAAAUUGUCGUUACGACGAUGGCUUCCUCGCCUCAGAAGUCCCCGUCCUCUCCGAAAUCUCCUACGCCCAAAUCACCGUCUUCCAGAAAGAAAGAUGACUCUUUCCUGGGAAAACUUGGUGGAACUUUGGCAAGAAGGAAAAAGGCUAAAGAAGUAUCUGAGCUUCAGGAGGAGGGGAUAAAUGCCAUCAACCUUCCUUUGAGCCCUUCCCACUACGAGCUGGACCCUGAAGACACAAUGCUAGAGGAGAAUGAAGUUCGCACCAUGGUGGACCCCAACUCCAAGAAUGACCGCAAACUGCAGGAGCUCAUGAAGGUGUUGAUCGACUGGAUAAAUGAUGUUCUGGUGGGAGAGAGGAUCAUUGUGAAGGAUCUGGCUGAAGAUCUUUAUGAUGGACAGGUUCUGCAGAAACUAUUUGAAAAGCUGGAAGGUGAGAAACUGAACGUGGCUGAGGUGACCCAGUCGGAGAUCGCCCAGAAACAGAAAUUGCAGACUGUUUUAGAACGCAUCAAUGACUCGCUCAAACUCUCCACCAGGAACAUUCGCUGGAAUGUUGACUCGGUUCAUGCUAAGAGUAUAGUUGCCAUCCUGCACCUGCUGGUGGCACUGUCACAGCACUUCAGAGCACCAAUCAGAUUGCCUGAUCACGUUUCUAUUCAAGUAGUGGUUGUCCAGAAAAGAGAGGGCAUCCUUCAGUCCAGACAAAUUCAAGAAGAAAUCACUGGCAACACAGAGGCUUUCUCUGGCAGACAUGAGCGUGAUGCUUUUGACACCCUAUUUGACCAUGCUCCAGAUAAACUGAAUGUUGUCAAAAAGACACUGAUCACAUUCGUGAACAAACACCUGAACAAGCUCAACCUCGAGGUGUCUGAAUUGGACACACAGUUUGCAGAUGGUGUUUAUCUGGUGUUGCUGAUGGGGCUGCUGGAGGGAUAUUUUGUGCCACUCUACAAUUUUUUCCUCACACCAGAAAAUUUUGACCAAAAGGUCCACAACGUGUCCUUCUCCUUUGAACUGAUGCAGGAUGGAGGUCUGGAGAGACCAAAACCCCGGCCAGAGGAUAUAGUGAAUUGUGACCUUAAAUCGACACUGCGUGUCCUCUACAACCUCUUUACCAGGUACAGGAAUGUAGACUGAGCAACGUGUAGCAAGAGGAAACACUUCUUACCAUGGACCACAUGCUUAAGAUUAACAAUACUGUAUGUUUUUCCUUCUAUUUGUUGUAAAAAUCUGUUUUUUUUAUGAAUGCAUGCAUCAGAUUUUGUAUCUGCUGAACGAUGUUCCACACACAAAUCUGUAUUAUUUUUUUUUUUUAAUUCCAGCAAAGACAUUUGGCUUGUGGGCCUAAGAAUGUUUGUUUUUUUUAUUGUAAACUGGGCAUUUCUAUACUUUCCUACAGACAUCUAUGAACUAAAUAAGAUAUCAAUUUUUAAUAUUUAGUUGUCAUAGAGAUUAUUCUAUAUUGAUUUGUGUUACCCUCACUAGAUAUCAUGAAGGAGAGAUUUAAGAUGAACAACACUUGUAUUUUUUAAUUCAGAAAAGAAAACAUUUACCAGUAUUUAUUGUUCAUUUUGAUACAUGCUCUUACUUAACUUUCUCUCUCUCUCUACUUGUUUCAUAGAUUACUCAUAGUUCAUAAGUGUCUUUAUUCAAACAUGUGAACAGUCAGCUCCCAAUACUUAAUAUUGGGAUGCUUUUGAACCCCACUUGUCUUAAUGCUCCAGAUUUCCUUUGAAUGUGUGGAGGAACAUUUUAAAUUUUUGACCAAAGUUCUGUUGUAUUCACAAUGUAAAAAGUUUUAAAGAAUCAGCAGCCACUCUAUCCACUUUGUUGUAUUUUAUAUUGUAAUGUGUAUCUUAUUUGUAAUUGAGAUAUAUCAGCGUGGUAUAAUCACUCUAAACACAUUACAUUAUAUAUACAUUAUAUUUUUAGUACACAUAAGAUUUCACUCCUUUCUGCAAGACAAAUGAAAUUUGACUGAAUAUGUUAAAUGUUUUAGACAAUAAAUUGUAUGUUGUCUUCUA